UAGUACAUUGACCAUUGUGGAGUACAUUCACUGCAGCUGCACAGCAUCAGGAUGGCUUUACCUUGCUGCAGCUGGCUGUCCAAUGAAGGAUUAAAGCACCUCUUUCUGUUUUCCUGGCUUUCUCUCAAUGCCUGGCUGUUCUGGAAGACUUUCACACUUUAUUACAGCAGCCCGCAGUACUAUUACUUGCACCAGAUGCUGGGGUUAGGAUUGUGUAUAAGCAGGGCUUCCGCCUCUGUCCUCAACUUGAACUGCAGUUUUGUCCUGUUGCCCAUGUUCCGAACGCUGCUGGCAGCGAUACGUGGUAAGAGAAAGGUUGUAAGUCGGAAAACUAGAAGAUUGCUGGACAAAUACAAAUCAUUCCAUGCUGCUUGUGGCAUUGCAAUAUGUUUGUUUACAGCCUUGCAUGUUGGAGCUCAUGUAAUUAACGCUAUCAACUUUUCUACAAACUACAACAGCGAAUACACUGCGCUUAAUGUGGCGCGGUACAAAAAUGAGGAUCCUAGGAAAAUUAUCUUCACUACUGUUCCUGGAGUGACCGGAGUCCUAAUGGUUCUAAUUUUAUUUCUUAUGUCCACUGCUUCCACAGCAUCCAUAAGAGCUUCAAAUUUCGAUAUCUUCUUGCACACGCACAACCUCUUCUUUAUUUUCUAUGUGCUGCUGCUGGUCCAUGCCUCUGGAGGAGUGCUAAAGUACCAGACUAAUGUACAAGAUCACCCUCCUGGCUGUCUCAGGCUGAACACGAGCACAGCGGAGGAUUAUGGGUCAGUGACUGGAGUCAAUGGAGGAGGAUCACUGAACAUUGUACCAGAAACCACCCCGGGGCUUUUCCACGCACACGAAGAGCUCUUGAUUAACAACACAUGGAAGAUAUGCACCAAAGAGCCAACGUUUCACCCCCAUUUCCCUGAGACUUGGAUGUGGAUUUCAGCUCCCCUGUGCUUGUACUGUACAGAAAGGUUAUACAGAUAUUUCCGUAGCACUAAACCUGUGACCAUUAGUUCCGUUGUUCUUCAUCCAUGUGAUGUCAUUGAAAUCAGGAUGAUAAAAGAUAACUUCAAAGCCAGUCCUGGUCAGUACGUCAUUUUGCACUGUCCCAAAGUGUCUGCACUGGAGAACCAUCCAUUCACGCUGACAAUGUGUCCUACGGAGACAAAAGCGACCUUUGCUGUUCACAUAAAGGUUGUGGGAGACUGGACAGAAAGAUUGUGCAGCCUGCUGACAUCACAGUGGAGUCAAGGUUCAGAAAUCCUUCCAAUUUUUCAGCAGAGGAUAAACCCAAAAAUUUACAUUGAUGGUCCCUUUGGAAGCCCUUCAGAAGAAGCCUUGAACUAUGAGGUUAGCCUCUGUGUUGCUGGAGGCAUUGGUGUCACUCCAUUUGCAUCAAUACUGAACCAGUUACUAGACAGCUGGAGGGAAUACAAGCUGCAAAGACUUUAUUUUAUCUGGAUAUGCAGAGACAUCCAGGCUUUCCUCUGGUUCGCCGAUUUACUGUGCGCGCUACACAAAAAGCUUUGGCAAGAAAACCGUCCUGACUACAUGAACAUCAGGCUGUACCUCAGUGAGGGGGAUGGGAUUCAGAAAAUAAUUGGUGAAAAAUACCAGGCUUUGAACUCCCGUCUUAUUACCGGACGCCCGCGCUGGAAACUUUUGUUUGAUGAGAUAGCCAAAUCUAACAGACAGAAAUCGGUGGGAGUGUUUUGCUGCGGCCCAAAGGGACUCUCCAAGGACCUUCACAAAAUGUGCAAUCGUCCAAACAGUUACGGGACACGUUUUGAAUACAACAAAGAGUCCUUCAGCUGAGAUCAAAUAAACGGCGGGGGGAAGACCAAGUGCAAUUAACACCAACCAAAGAAUCUUAAUCAUUAGAGAGACGCAAAUCACUACGAUUGACUCUUAUCCAUGUUGCAGCUAUUUAAUGAAGGGAUUACUGCCUACAAAACAAUGUUAAUUGUGGCUUGUUCUAUGCACUGUGUUUUUGUAAAAAAUACUUGACAUCCACUGAGAAAAAAGACCUCAUUAUAC